GCACACGUGUUUUAUUUUUCAUACGAAUAUAUUGUAGCUUGUUUUGUCAUUAUAGCAUAGGCAAAAUGAUAGAAUCCGUAGUUCCUAAUACUGAUGCAACAGAAACAAAAAUAAAAGGUCUUCCAAAAUCAGGACGCUGGUGGAAAGCUGAAAAAAGCAGAUUCACUUCAAUGCAAAAAGACAAACCCUUGCGGUCAAAUUGGAAACAAAAAAUGGCCUGUAAAGCAGAGAAGUUGUCUGUAAAAAACUAUGAAAAGGAACUUGCAGAAACACGCAGACAAGAAAAAAUUGAGUAUCGUAAACGUGUUGAAGCACACAGGAAAGUGAAGGAAGAAAAUCAACGCAAGGCAGAAGUGGUGGAAGUUAUUCGGAACACAGCAAAGAUUAAGAGACUGAAGAAAAAACAAUUACGAAGGAUUGAAAAACGGGACACAAGUGGAGUCAAAACGAAAAAGAUGUAGAAGACUGUUUUUCCACCAAAAAUGUUUUGCUCUUUUUCUAAUCUUUUUAAGGUGGCAAGGUUUUCUAAACCAAGCCUACUGGUGAACGUCUUUAUUAAAGAAUUCUAGGAGACCAUGGAGUGGAAUUUGUUAAUAUUAUUAUUAUAAUCAUCUGCUGUCUUUGGUAUUAAUAACAGUUUCUGUUCUUAUGGAUUUACCAAAGAUUUACCAAUCUGAUAUCCAGAUGUUUCUGUUUACAAGCACUCAAAACUAUAAAUAAAAACAAAGAAAGUACAAAUUCUACUAGCAUGUGUAAUACUGCAUAUGAACGACACACAAAAACAUAUUCACAGGGAUAGUUCAUACAAUAAA